AUGUCGACAGCAACCAUGUAUCCAUCCUCGCUGGCUGGGCUCCUCAACUCGGUCAACUACGACCUCGCCGUCCUCGGCUACACCUCCAUCCCAUCCGAGUCGUUGCUGGCCCCGAGCACGACCAUGACCGAGACCGCUCUACUCAUCAUCCGCGACCUGAUCCAGACCUUGCGCGCGGCCGUGCACUCUGCCGAAGAAAUCGAGGACCGCACCGUGCGGCUGCAGAACGACUACUCGGUUCUGCAGAAGCGGCUCGAGCGAUUCAAGCGGGACGCCGAGCACAACCUGCAAAAGACCCGUGCUCUCGAACUCGCCAUCGAAAAGGCCGAGACCAAGGCCAAGCAAGAGACUGAGCGCUCCAAAUAUCUCGAGUCCGAGCUGAAGCGAGCUCGCCGCAACGAAGUCUCGACCGGUCUCCGGGCUGCAUCCAUGACCACCCCGCUCAAAUCCAGGUCGUCUCAUGCCAGCCCGCCGCCGCCGCCGCCGUCCUUGGACACCAUCCAGGGCCUCUGCUCGAGAUGCGUUGCUCUUGCAAAGAAAUCCGGCAUGCCGUCGCCCGUCACCCCCUCGGCCUGGGCUGCUCCGCCGUCUGUCUCUCACCGUCGGGCUGACACCUCGCCCAGGCGCUCGCCUCCGGCCCGCCAGAGCCAUUCCCAGAAGCCCCGGAGCACCCCGCACCACCACGACGACUGGACCCACUCAGAGUCGAUCGAGACUAGCGACAAUGAUUCGUCCUCCUCCAGCUCCGAAUCGUCCGACGACGACGGCCGGCACCGACUCAUUCGUUUCGCCGACACCCACGAACCGCCAGUGCGACGGGACAUGGGCUACCGGCCUCCCAAGGAGCCCCGUCGCUCGUCGCUGAAGAAGCCGACCCUGCUGGAACGGCAGUCGAGUCGAGAGUCUGACCCCAUGCAGCUCGACCACGCCGGCGCUCGGUCGACCCGACCGCUAUCAUCACCUCGCUCGCCCUCGUCGCCUUCGCUGCCUGGCUCUGUGAUUGUAUCCUCCAACCUGGCACAGCCGCAUCUGGCUCCAGCACAGCCUCACCCGGAUCAUGCACCUGCUGCAGCUGCUGCAGCUGCUGCAGCUGUCGACUCUCAUCAGGCCCACCACCAGCUCGCCAAUAUCGACACAAACCAUCGCGAUGCGGCUGCCAGUCCCGUGCCGCUUCAAAUGCUUCCAACCCAAGUCACCUCGCCCAGUCCGCUGGACUUUGGUGCAGCCUCGGGUGUGGCGGUUUCUGCUAGUGACAGCACUGCCGGGCCCAUCUUGCAGCCCGAGUCGAUUCCAUCCGAUAACUUUGCAUCGACCAACGCAUUCCGCCCGACCGAGCCUUGUGCAUCUGUCCGCCCGCCCCCGCCACUCGACGAAACUGAAAUGGCCGAGACACACGCCCUGCCCAAUGCCAAUUCAUCGGCCAAAUUGCGCCCUCUCAGCUGGCAGGAGCCGCCCAGCCAAGAGCCCGACUCGGCGUCCUCGGGCUACCCCCUUCGUCGUCGCUCCUUCCCUUCCCGAACUCUGCAGCGCUCGAAAUCCGAGCCGCUGUUGAAGGUCAUCCCGGAGUCAGCCGAGCUGCGCGAGUCGGUCAUCGAGGAAAUCUCGCUGACCUCGGCGCCUUGGACAGAGCUCUUUGGCCAGAAGGUGGUUUUGCGCAAGACGGGCAUCAAUCUCCUCGACAGCCGGACCGACAACGAAUCCUAUCGGAGGGUAUCAUCGCCGCCACUUUUACUGCCGGCCGCCAGUCCGCUUGACCAAUCACCCGAAACAUCGGCACGCGCCCGGAGGAGCAGUAGUCCCGCGCCGUUUCAGGAAGAGCACUCGUCGUCGAUGAUUGACUUCAACAGCUUUGACGAUGGCCCCGAUGUCUUUGAGAAGCUGAUCGAGAGCCCCGGUAGCCGAGACAUCCUCGCCGAUCUCUCGCAGGCGGACGACGCCUCCGCCUCUGCCUCCGCCACGCUGUCCAUGCACGCGGACCAGACCAUGAGCCUGGAUAUGGACGAGCCGCCAGUGGCUUUAUCCAAGAAUGAGGUGCACUAUGCACACAGCGAAUACGGAAUUCCCUCGCCGCCGCUCUCGCAGACACACGACCAAUCCUUUGUCGAUGCGGCGUCUUUCAACCCCAGCUACCUGACCGGCGACGAUGAAGUAGAUCGCGAGUAUAUCGGCAACAUGCUCUCCAAGCUCGAGCUGACGACCGAGGAGCGAGAAGCCAUGAUCGAAGCUGUCCUGCUCAAUCCGAGUCUACUGGAAAAGCUGAUGUGA